AACCAAGCUGAGCUUAGCUAACCAGGAAUUGCAUCGCUAACCAAGCUAAGCUAACCAAGAAGUGAAUUACUAACCAAGUUAAACUAACCAAUCUAAGCUUAGCUAACCAGGAAGUGACCCGCGAACCAAGCUAAACUAAGCUAAGCAGGAAGUGAAAAGUGACAGCAGCGUUGCGCCCCGUGCCUCCUCCCCUAAUCUACCGCCGACUUCCCUGUCACUUUUAGGAGCACUUCCACCGUCCGGAGGCGAGCUCGCUCACUUCCCACAGCCGUGUUGUGUCCUGGCGUGGGCCGCGGGAGGAAACAUUAGCAGCCGUGAAAGCAGAGUUAGCCGCUAUUUAGCUGUUCUUCUCUGCGCUCUCAAGUUUGUUGAAGCCAAUUUUGAAGAUGGCGACCAGCUCGGAGCGCAGUCCUCCUCCGUUCCCCGACUCGGAGGACCAAGACCUGCUGGACUCCGGGGACGUCGGAGGCCGAGGCAGCGACGAAGACGACGGGGACGACCUCUUCAUGAGUGUGAGCAACGCCUCACUUAGCGAGAUGGACGCCAAGCUGCAGUCUGGCGGCCAGCCCGGAGACGAUUUACUGACGCCUCCCAGUGACAUCGUCACCAGCAGCGAUCCCGUCAGCAGCCAAUCGGGAUCCAAAGCGGCGAGCGAGCCCUCUGACGAGUUUGUGGACCUCACAAAUAGUCCGGACGACUCGCUGGGGUCCGACAGCGCGGUGAUGGACGAUGAAGAAGCAUCCAGUGAAAUCCCUCUGAACGACGACUUUGUUGAUAUACUGGGAAGCGAAAUUGAAGAGCAGCGACAGGAAGCGGCAGGAGGAGAGGCGGAGACCACGCCGGGUGAAAUUGAGUUGACCGUAGAGCCAGCUGUAGAAGAUGCAGCGCCGCUUUUAGACAUCAGUGGUGAUUCACCAGCAAAUCCCACAUCGCAGCCACCUGGCAAAAUAGUGGACCCUUUGCUGGACUUCCUCGGAGACCCCGUGCCCGCCGUGGGCCUCAAGCAAAGCACCCCUGUCGUCGCCGACCUGUUCGAAGACGAGGGCAGCGACCUGUUUGCCGACCCACGGCAGACAAUACCCUCCAAGCUGCCUCAGAAGAGCCUCUUUGGCGAGCCGGACGACGAUCUGUUCACAGAGCCGCUGGGUGCCAAGCUGCCCACGAUGGACAAACCUCUCGCCCCAAAGGUUGCAAGUACCGGCAGUGGUAAAGUUGGUGGGCCGCUGUUGGCGAGCAGCAGCGGCGACAUUUUCACAGAGGAAGCAGUCGCCAAGCUCCCCAACAAGACCUCCCUCGUCAACACGGCGACUAACGGAGUCCACGAGGAAGAAAACCCAGACAUAUUUGCAGACGCCACAGUGGAGCUCUCUCUCGACAGUCCACGCAGCGAGAGAAAGAAGGACACCGCCUCCGCCACCAAACCUUCGACAUAUGCUGCUUCUUCCGUGUCGAACGCUGCCUGUGUGGCCAAGACUCAGGCGGACACUUUGGAGGAGUUGGAAGCAGAGGAGGAGGAAGACCAAUUCGACAUUGCCAUCUCUAUUACUGACCCAGAAAAAAUAGGUGAUGGGAUGAAUGCCUACAUGGCCUACAAAGUUUGCACUCAGACCACCAUGCCCAUGUUCCGCAACAAGACCUUCACGGUGAGGCGACGCUUCAGCGACUUCCUGGGCCUGUACGAGAAGCUGUCAGAGAAACACGGACCCAACGGCUUUAUCGUGCCUCCUCCGCCCGAGAAGAGCAUCCUGGGUAUGACCAAGGUGAAGGUGGGGAAGGAAGACUCAUCGUCUGCAGACUUUCUGGAAAGAAGAAGAGGUGCCCUGGAAAGGUACCUUCAGAGGGUGGUGACUCACCCUUCACUUCUCCAAGAUCCUGAUGUCAGAGAGUUCCUGGAGCGAGACGAAUUGCCCAGAGCCGUGAGCACGCAGGCUCUGAGCGGCGCCGGCUUCCUGAAAAUGAUCAACAAAGCGACAGACGCCGUCAGCAAGAUGACCAUCAAGAUGAAUGAGUCAGAUGUGUGGUUUGAGGAGAAGCUGCAGGAGGUGGAGUCUGCAGACCAGCAGUUCCGAAAGCUCCACGUUCUGGUGGAGUGUCUGGUCAUCCACAGGAAAGAGCUCUCCACGAACACAGCCAGCUUUGCCAAGAGCACCGCCAUGUUGGGCAGCGCCGAGGACAACACGGCGCUGUCCCGCGCCCUCUCGCAGCUGGCCGAGGUGGAGGACAAGAUGGAGCAGCUGCAUCAAGACCAGGCGGCCAACGACACCUUCCGCUUCGCCGAGCUCAUCGCUGAUUUCAUACGGCUGCUGGGCGCCGUCAGGGGCUCGUUUGACCACCGCAUGAAGGCGUGGCAGCGCUGGCAGGACGCACAGACCAUGCUGCAGAAGAAGCGUGAGACCGAAGCCAAACUUCAGUGGGCCAACAAGCCUGACAAGGUGCAGCAGGCAAAAGAAGAGAUCGCAGAGUGGGAAGCCAAGGUGACGCAAUACGAGCGAGACUUUGACAGAGUUUCUGCCACCGUGCGCAAGGAAGUGCUCCGCUUUGAGAAAGAAAAGGCGAAAAAUUUCAAAAGACAGAUCAUCAAAUAUCUGGAGAGUCUGCUCAAGUCCCAGCAACAGCUCAUGAAGUACUGGGAGGCCUUCUUACCUGAAGCGAAAGCAAUCGCCUGAGGAGGGCGCUACACUCAAUGCCUUUUAUUCUUCUUUUCCUUUUUUCACUCACACUUUACCUCCUGCCUUGUAAAAGCCAAGGACGAACGUGUGCUUUAAAGAAGACCCAAUCAAAACGCUUUCUUUCUCAAAUCGACAUAGAUGACUUAUUAUGAAGUGUAUAUUUUCCAUAUAAGCUUCCACAGAUAUUUUCUUAUUAGAGGUAUGAGCCAGUGUAAAAAAAAAAAAGACGUGGGGGUCAGGGGUGGGGAAAAAAUAGCUGGAAGUGUCGCCGUGGCACACUUUUGUUUACAUCACAGGGGACCCACACGGUGACGGUAGCCACCCCUUUCUCUCGCUCAUCGGUUCAAAAAGGGAUAAAGCCAAAAAAAUCUAUUUUCGAGCACUUCCUGCUGGAUAAAAUACUGAAGUAGCAGAUUUUGUUUUCUUUACUGCCAGUAGAUGUUGAGGCAUUAUAUCAUGGCUGUGUGUACAAUGGUGUCAUAGGUCAAGCUUGUACACUUGUGGUAAAAAAACACACUUCACAUAUCUGUGCCUUCUUGUGGACACCACUAGUCCACCUCAGAGACACUUUAGUCUUGCUUGCAAAUAAAGCAUGUUUUUUUUUUUACUGCAUAUUUUCUUUCAACUUUUUUAACAUGUUUUCCUUGAAUCUACUGUACAAAGGAAGGGAAAAAAACAAAAGGAUACAAUUGCUCAGAUAAAGUGAUACCUCUGAGGAAAAAGCAAUUUCCUGUAUACAAUCAGCGUGUAGCAUUGUCCAAUAUUGUCAUUUAAUAAUAAAACUACAAUCUUUUUCUCAUUAAA